GGACAGGGAGAGAAGACGACACGCACCCAGAAAGCGAGAGAGAGGACGACACACACCCAGACACGGAGCUGCUGGGCUUUAAGAAAGGCUGCCCUUUAAAAGAGGCGGUCAGCCCAGGAUUACACAGUUACUGCUCAGUUAAUACGAUGAGCUCCUCGUUGUCAACACCGUGCUUGAAUUAGCUCGACAAAGGCAAUGUUGAUAGUACAUUUAUAUUAUGAGUAACGUCCCUCAACAGCGAAUUUCUUCAUCACAACAUACACAGGCCAGUCUGUCCAUCUGGGGAUGGGGGGGUCUUGGAGUCGUGCUGUUCCUUGUCACCUUUGGACCCUUUGCCAUAUUCUACCUGGCUUUUUAUAUAUUCUGCUUCAUUGGAGGGGGCUUUGCGGUCACUCUGCUUUAUGGAAAAAUCAACUCAGAGAAACACCUGGAAAAGUGCGAGCAAUCUUACUUGCCACCCACACAAAUUGGUAUACUGAAGACAUUGGAUGAGAUGAAGCUGGAGAUGAAGCCCAUCAAAAUUGACAGAAGACUGACUGGAUCCAGUUUCAUUGAUGAACCACUACAACAGGUGAUCCAGUUUGCUCUGAGAGAUUAUAUCCAGUACUGGUACUACACUCUGAGCGAGGAUGAGUCCUUCUUAUUGGAGAUCAGACAGACGCUGCAGAAUGCCCUCGUCCAGUUCUCUACACGGUCCAAAGAGGUGGACUGGCAGCCUUACUUUACCACUCGCCUGGUGGAUGACUUUGCCACCCAUUUGCGUGUCUUUAGAAAAGCCCAGGAUCGCCUCGCUGACAGAGAGGACAAGAAAAGGGACAUAACGGAGGAGCUGGUGGACUCCUUCUUUGAGGCCGAGAUGGAGAUGGAAAGAAAGAUUUGUCGAGACGUAGUAUGCACUUCACACAAAGAUGAAGAAGGUUUCCUUCGGGACUUGUGUGAGUUGCUUCUGUAUCUGUUACUACCUCCUGGAGAUUUCCACAACAAGAACAUGAGAUACUUCCUCAGGGAGGUGCUGGCGCGUGGUGUGCUACUUCCUCUGAUUAACCAGCUUAGCGACCCGGACUACAUCAACCAGUUUGUCAUCUGGAUGAUCCGGGACUCCAGCUGUAACUAUGAAGCCUUCAUGAACAUCCUGAAGCUCACAGACAAGCCUGCUGAGCUGGAGGCUGUCAAGGACAAGGUGCUAGAGGAGCUGCAGUACCUCCGCUCUCUGGACACUGCCGGAGAUGAUAUCAAUGUGAUCAAGAACCAGAUUAACAGUCUUCUGUUUGUGAAGAAGGUGUGUGAGACCAGGAUCCAGAGACUACACUCUGGCAAGGAGGUGGAUGCCUUGAAGCUGGCAGCCAACUUUGGCAAGCUGUGUGUUAUCCCACUGGAUCACAUCCUCAUCCACAACAUAGCCCUGCAGUUCUUCAUGGACUUCAUGCAGGCAGCUGGGGCCCAGGCAGAGCUCUUCUUCUGGCUCACUGUGGAGGGCUACAGGGUGACGGCGCAGCAGCAGCUGGAGGCCAUGCAGGGCCAACAGACAGAUGGCAAGAAGCAGUCCAGCGCCACCAAGGGGCUGCUGAAGGCCGCUGCACUGGGUGUCUACGAACAAUACCUCUCAGACAAGGCGUCGCCCAGGGUGCAGGUGGACGAAGCACCCGUCACAACACUAGGGGAGAAGCUACAGAAAGACGACCCCACGCCAGAGAUAUUUGAUGAAAUCCAGAAAAAUGUGUAUGACAUGAUGCUACGUGAUGAGCGCUACUACCCCUCCUUCAAGCAGAGUCCUCUCUAUGUCCGCAUGCUAGCAGAGUUAGACAUGUUGAAAGAGCCGAGCUACCGGGGUUCUGAUGACGGCGACGGAGAAUCCUUCAAUGGCUCUCCAACAGGAAGCAUAAACCUAUCUUUAGACGACUUGUCCAACUCCUGCCAUGAUGAAACUAUGCACCUCCAUGCCUUCAUCUCUGACACAGGGGUGUGCAACGACCACGGUAAGACCUACGCACUGUACGCCAUCACCGUGUUCAGACGCAGCCAUGACGGCAGUGAGGACUGCUGGAAGACCUAUCGCCGCUACUCUGACUUCCACGACUUCCAUAUGAGGGUCAUUGAACAGUUUGAGAACUUGGCGUCGAUCCUCAAGCUGCCAGGGAAGAAGACUUUCAACAACAUGGACAGAGACUUCUUGGAGAAAAGAAAAAAAGACCUCAAUACGUACCUACAGUUGCUGCUCAACCCAGAGAUGGUGAAGGCCUGUCCAACGCUGAUUCCUUAUGUAUAUGACUUCCUAGAGAACAAGGCCUACAGCAAGGGCAAGGGAGAGUUUGCACGCAAGAUAGACACAUUUGUAAAUCCUCUGAGGAGUUCGAUGAGAAAUGUGUCAAACGCGGUGAAAGGGCUGCCAGACAGUCUGGCUGAAGGCAUGACCAAGGUCUCUGACAACAUGGGCCGCAUGUCAGAAAGACUGGGUCAGGACAUCAAACAGUCCAUACUCAAGGUGCCUCCACUCCUCCCAAAGUCUGACAUCGACCCUGAACACUGUCGGGUUUCUGCUCAGCUUGAUGACAACGUGGAUGAUAACAUCCCGCUAAGGGUAAUGCUGCUUCUCAUGGACGAAGUAUUUGACCUCAAGGAGAAAAACCAGUGGCUGCGCAGGAACAUAAAGAACCUGCUGCAGCAGCUCAUUCGGGCCACGUACGGAGACACCAUCAACAGGAAAAUUGUGGACCAUGUGGACUACUUGACCUCACCUGAGCAGGUUGCAGACUACGUCAAGAAGUUCAGGGAUUCCUACUGGCCCAACGGAAUUCUGGCUGAGACGCCACCCCGUCGGGACAAGAGCAUCCGCAUGAGGACACGAAUAGCUGCCAAGACCAGUCUGUUGGGCAUCAUGCCAGACGAGCUGAAGCACAUCAUCGGAGCGGACACCACGAGAAAAGGCAUUCUCCGUGUUUUCGACAUGUUUCAGUACCAACCCAUGAACCGUCGGCUAGUCUACGUUUUCCUGGAGGGCUUCUUGGAGACGAUGUUCCCCCAGUACAAAUUCCCCGAGCUCUUUGUCAAGUUGCACUCCCGCUCGCCACGCGUCCACAGAUAUGGCCAGAAACUCAAAUCCUCCUCCCUCAAGAGGUGACAGGAGACGACAGAGGCAACAGGACAUGGGCCGACUAGAAACGCACAGACUUGAGAGCUCAGAGUGGGGGGGCUUGAUGUGAACGUUGAGGUAUGUGUGUGAUUUCUGCCCUUUCACUUCCCUCACACACUUUUUUCAGUGAAAACACUCCAAUUACUGAUGAUUUCUGUCAAGACAGAAUUGAUGGAUGAACAACAGACACUCUGCCCUCCUCUCGCUCUGUGACACACACACACACACACACACAGAUGCGCAAACACAAAUCCUGUAAUUUGCACCAAGACUGGACAUGGCAGUCUUAUCUUUUAGUUGAGAUAUUUUGCUCUUCCUCUUUGGACUUUUUAGUUGUGUUUAACUUUAUCCUGGGCCAGUCAAUGCUGCUUUCUCCUGGUCCAGAGAGCAGACCACAAAUACUGUCUUGUUUUUAAACUGCAGGAGUAGAUAGCAUAGACCCACACCUUGCCUUACCUUCCCGCUUCUGUCUUUUGGCCAGUUCCCUCUACCAUCUCAGUCAUCUGGCCUCUCAGCUCAGUCAAACUUACCCUCAUGCUGUAGACAUUUCUCUGCAAAAGCUGCACACUUCUUUUUGUUCAUCGCAACCAAAUAUGUCAAUAGCACUGGGUUUAAAAAGGCAUUGUUUUUAAAAUGUGACUGAACAAAUAUGGAUCGAAAGAGAUGAUUUAGAUUUUUAUUGUCUGCAUCUUUUCCAGCCUCAAUGCCUCUCUUGAGACGGAAGUUGUUGUUUAUUUUCUUUCCAAAGUGUAACAUCCAAUGUACCACCCAUGAUUCUCAAAGAAUGGAUCCACAUCCUCUUUAAUGCUACUGUCAUAACCUGUUACAACCAAAGCUCAUGCUGUUGCAUAUGUGUAUGUGUGUGUGUGUGUGUGUGUGUGUGUGUGUGUGUGUGUGUGUGUGUGUGCACGCGCACUGGUUUGGUGUUGGGAUACUCUGAACACUAUUGUUCUUCAUAUCCUUAAUCAUGUGAAGAAAGAGAAUGCAAAGUUGACCUUUAACUACCUAAAAGGUGAGGCUGUGAGGACACGCAGCUGUGGGAGGCUCGACUCACUAUCAAAGAAUGUACUCUGGUCUAGUGUAUUUGGCUCAUGUAGAAUUGUGUGUGAAUGGCCAUGUGCGAGUGUGUUUAGCACAAAGAUGCAGUCUUCUUCAGUCAAAGUGUGCCAGUGUGAGCUAGUGAACCAGCCUUAAACCUACAUACAGUAUAUACUGACCAAGAGACUCGCUAGAGGUAGCUCCCCUUCACUCGACUGAACGUUACAAGGAAAUCAAUAGAGAUAUGGAGGUAUAUCCACUUUUAUUCAGAGAAAAUGUCUUUCAUUUUGUGCAAUAUUUGUUUUUCUUUAAUGCAUGUGCAUUUUGAAUCAUUAUAUACUUAAAAAAGUAAUUCAUAUUGUUUUAAUAGUAGAAAACGUGAAAGAAGCUUCCCAAGAAAUGUCUUCUUAUCCCAACAACUUAACAUUCCGUUGUUGUAAAAGUACAAUGUUUAUUUUACAGACUUGUUUUAUAAGUCUGAGAUUUUUCUGUUUUGUUUUUGGUGUUUGGGGGGUAUUUUACACCCCUCGCCCACUCCUACAGAAUCAUGUUUUGGGCAUCAGUUGGACAGCGGCAGGGUUUUUUCUGUGUAGCAGCCGGAUGAUUAGCUCAUUGGGCUAUCGCUAGUUCAGAGGCGCCUCAGACAACGGCUUCUUUUUAACUCAUAAGUGGCGUUUUAUGCAUUCAAGCCUGUUCUGUUGAGUGUGAGCAGAUCUUUGUUGUUAACUGACAGCUGGAGGGACUCGUGUCCUUGUCAUGAGCACUUACCAUAGCAACUGUGGGAGGGCCAUGGGCUGGACAGAGCCUCGUUCUGCUGCAGUCGUUGGAUGGGACUCCCUCUGCUUUAAUUGAUUUGCUUGCACUGAGCAGCCCUCCUGGACUCCGAUUGGCUGAAUAGGAGAACAUGAACUGGAGCCUCGCUUACAGGGAGGUGAAUAUUUUGUUCCCACGGUGGAGGAGGUGUCACUUCUAACUUUCUGCACAUCUCUCCAUACAGGAAGGCUUGUCUUUUUGUUUUUUAACCCCAGUAUUUAUGAAUCUGAUUAUGAAAAAUUGUGCAUAUCUGUGUACAGUAUGUGUUAAUAGUGUGCCUAAAUGUACUGUCAACUCUAUUUUCAUAUUUUUCUUUAACCUAAAAAAAAAAAAUCAAUCAGAAUGUCAUGAUCAUUUAUGCGACUGAAAAUGACUUAGGGUGUUUUUUGCAUCAUGCUUAUCAAACUCUUCCUUGUGAGCUGUUGUGCUCAGAUCAGUAUAACACUAAUAAAAGGUAACUUAAACUAC